UCCACCUUUUCCCUUUUUUUGGUUUCGGUUUCUCCUAUAUUUCUCGCUCUCUUUCUCUCUCUCUUCUCUUGUUUCUGUUGUGAACGCAGAAAAGAAAGAGAGAGAGGAAAACUAAGAGAAAAACACAUUUCCCCCAUUUUGCGAUUCACUUUCAUUUCCUAAUCUGGAUUGUGCUCUUUGUUCGGUUACUUUGAUUGAAGCCACAUUUUCAUCUGAUUCCUCUUUGCUGUGAUUCUAUUUGGAUUUGUUAAAUUCAUAUUUUUCGACGAUGAAUAUGAUGCGGCGGCUGAAGAGCAUUACUUCCGGCCGCUCCUCCGUUUCAGAUCCUGGUGGGGAGCCUAGCACUAUUAAGAGGGCGAAGGUGGAUCAAGAACUCGAUCAGAGGCUCCCGGGUGGAGUAGAGACGGUAGAGAACAGGAUGCGGGAUCCGGAGCAGCACAACGAGUUAAAAUCUGUUGCGAGCACAUCUGGCAGUAGUCAUGAUAGACGAGACAAGCCUGGCUACGAUGAGCUUCCCAAGGAGAUGAAUGAGAUGAAAAUUAAAGAUGAUAAGAAGAGAGAUGGUCAUGAGGAGAGCCACAAGGAUGUGGAAGCCGCGGUCGUCAGUGGCAAUGGGACAGAAACUGGUCAGAUAAUCGUGACUUCAGUUGGUGGCCGGAAUGGGAAACCAAAACAGACAAUGUCAUACAUGGCUGAGCGCGUUGUUGGAACUGGUUCGUUUGGAGUUGUCUAUCAGGCUAAAUGCCUUGAAACGGGUGAAUCCGUGGCUAUAAAGAAGGUGCUUCAGGAUAGGAGAUACAAGAACAGGGAACUGCAGGUAAUGCAGAUGCUUAGCCACCCGAACGUUGUGCAGCUGAAGCAUUCCUUCUAUUCUACUACGGAGAAGAAUGAGGUGUACCUAAAUGUCGUUCUAGAAUACGUACCAGAAACUGUUUAUCGGGCUUCCAGGCACUACACCAAAGUGAAUCAACACAUGCCCGUCGUCUACGUUCAGCUGUAUGUAUACCAGAUAUGCCGAGCCCUAAAUUACAUUCAUAGAGUUAUUGGAGUGUGUCACAGGGACAUUAAACCACAGAAUCUACUGGUUAAUCCUAGCACACACCAGCUUAAGAUCUGCGAUUUUGGGAGCGCAAAGAUGCUGGUACCCGGUGAACCAAAUAUAUCGUACAUCUGCUCCAGGUAUUAUAGAGCUCCCGAGCUCAUCUUUGGAGCCACGGAAUACACGACUGCGAUUGAUAUGUGGUCAGCUGGCUGUGUUAUGGCUGAGCUACUCCUGGGGAAGCCUAUCUUUCCCGGGGAGAGCAGUGUCGAUCAGCUAGUCGAAAUAAUCAAGGUUUUGGGAACACCAACGAGAGAGGAAAUCAAAUGCAUGAACAGACACUACACCGAGUUCAAAUUUCCUCAAAUCAAAGCCCACCCGUGGCACAAGGUAUUUCACAGGAGAAUGCCUGCUGAGGCAGUGGAUUUGGUGUCCCGGCUCCUCCAAUACUCCCCGACUCUACGUUUCACAGCUUUGGAGGCUUGUGCACACCCUUUCUUCGAUGAGUUGAGAGCAACAAACGCGUACUUACCAAACGGGCGACCACUACCUCCUCUGUUCGACUUUUCACCAGAAGAGCUGGCCGGUGCACCUCACGAGCUGCUGGAACGGCUCAUUCCAGAGCAUUUGAGGAAGCAAAGUUGAUGAAAGUAAGGAGAAAUUGAAGUUCAUCAAGGGGAUGGAUGACACGACGGUUCUGUUGAAAUAUGCAGAUAUAUAUAUAAAUAUGAUAUAGAUGCCCAGUUUGCAGGUGUCCACCUUGUUGAUGGAGGCUUACAAACUGGAGAUGGUUUUAUUAGUUUAUUUCUUUUGUAUUUAGUUCUUUUUGUUCUAAGUUUUGUUCCUAAUAUAAAAAUGAGAGUUUUGCGUUUUCAUGAUUUA